ACACUUGAUAAGAAACAGAUUUUGGUCACACUUAGACUUGCAGUACUGGUUACGACUUAUCAUUUGCCAAUUUAUUUUUCACUUUUGUUGAAAUUCAGUUAGUUUACUAUGUUAAGUUGGCAUUUGUUCGUGCUGUGCCUCCUUUUUCUUGAAACCCAGGGGCGGUCAACAGAAAAUAUUUUGGAGAAAACUCUAGAGGAUGUUGAACGAUUGCGAGCGCUUGUUCUUGAGCUAAAGGACCUUGUUUCUAACCAGGACCAGCGUAUCUCUGACCUUUUGUUGUCCCAGACUAUUGACCGUGCUAGAAUAAAGACACUAGAAGACGGGUACAAGACUCUGAUAAGUGAAAAAAAUUGCAAUCCUCGUGUACCAAGUGAUGGCGGUAUCCGGAAAAAUCGAACCAGGGACGCUCCUCGUAAAUUCCCUUCCACUGAUGAUGUUAUUAUGUAUGAAGUUUCAGCCACUGAGAAAAGAGAGACAGAAACUGUCAUUGCGUUUUAUGCGUACAUGUCUCGUGACUUCAUACCCGGAAUUAAACACACCAUUCCAUUCGACACGGCCAUUACAAACAAAGGCAAUGGAUAUCAUUCCAGCACUGGAGUAUUCAUCGCCCCCGAGCCUGGUUAUUACGUUUUUACUUGGACCAUACGCAUGACACAAGGUUCUCAACACUCUUUUGAACUGGUUGUUAAUAAUGUGGCAAAAGGUGCAUCAUUCAUGCGCACGCAUGAUCCGGAAGAUCAAACAAUAACCGGAACUGCGGUCGUAUACAUAAACCAGAAUGACGAUGUUUACGUAAGGACACACGGCUCCUACGCUUACAACGCGGGGAACAUCCGUAGUGACAUUUACAGCAGAACGUCAUUUGCCGGUUGGAGACUGUCGUCCUAGAAUGUCAAAACAGCUAUUUUGAA